AUGGAUGUAGUUAUUUCACCAGAUGAAUUUAUAAGUGUAAGAAAUGGAAAUUAAAACACUUAUAAAAAAUUAUGUUAAUCAUUUUUAAAAGUGAAAGAUGCAACAACAUAAUUAAAAGUAGCAUAAUAUAUAUUGAAAAUUGCUCCUGAUGAUAGAAUGGAUUUUGAAGUGGCAGUUUUAGAAUAAGCAACAAAAGAAUUUGAUUUUUUUAAGAGUCUUAGAGAUCCAAAAUAACACCAGAGAUGUUGUAAAAUGAUGAACUAUAAACAUUACAACAAGAAUGAUAUUAUAUUUAAAGAAGGUUGUAAUGAGUGAU